AUGUCGGGAACUCUUGAGGAAGAUUUCACAAUGGCGACAACUCUUGUGCGUGAGGGGAGUCACAAUGACGCUAUUGGUGUGUAUGCUAAAAUUGUCGAGGACGCUCGCGCCACAACACCACAAAAGGUGAGGGCAUACUCCAAUAUGAGUGCAUGCCUUGCGGCACGUGAUCAGUAUGCGGGUGCUCUAGAUGCCGCAAAAAAGGCGCUGCAGUUAGAUGAAAAUAAUAGCAAAGUACACGGGCGUAUGGCUACGGCAUAUCAUGGUCUUAAACAUUAUGAAGAGGCGGCGCAGCAUUAUCAUCGGGCGCAUGCAUUGGACCCUACGAACGCUUUGUACGUGGAGCAGCAUCAGGUGGUGCUGGAGCUCAUACGCAACGGCAAAGGCAUUGCCACACAGGAGACGAAGGAUGCAUAUUACUAUCGUAAAGGUAUUGAACAAGGAAAGGAGGCCAUGGGAAAGGGUGAAUACCUGAGUGCCGUGCGACAUUUUUCAAAGGCCAUUGAAUUGCACGCAAGGUGUUCUACAGGAAGUGAUGAAAGGAAUAAGGACAACUCCACCGAUGUUAGCAGCAGCAAGUCUGCUGAGUUAGCAGUCUUGUUCUGCAAUAGAAGUGCGGCAUAUAGUCGGGCAGGCCGUCAUCUCGAGUCACUGGAAGACGGAAUGAAGGCAACGGAGGUGAAUCCCAUGUAUGCAAGAGCCUUCUUUCGCAUUGCGCACGCGCAGCAUCACUUAAAACACCCGCAUGAGGCAUACACGGCAUUGCGUCGAUGUCUGGAGCUGAAUUCCAACCACGAUGAGGCCAGGUCUUUGAUGACAGACGUGGAACAACUUGUGAUGGAUCUACGGAAAACGGCAGAGGAAAAGCAGCGGGAGAGGGAAGAAGAAAUACAAAAGAUUCGCGAAAUGCAAAGUACCGAAAGGGUUACGGAUUCCGCAAACGCACCUGUAGGGCAUCGUAGCCGUGCGCAUGCGACGUCAUACAUGCACUGUGGCUAUUGCAAUGAAGCUGGACACACCCGUGCGGAGUGUCCCCUAUUGCGCCGUAAACGAUCUCGUACUUCGUAA